AUGCAAGUCCCUAAAAAAGCGACUGAAAGUCCUUCCUAUUGUACAAGACUAGAGAAACAACUUGUCAACCGAGAAAACGACAAAGAGGCUGUGCUAGCCGAAAUUUCGCAAGCCCCUGAAGUAAUCUCGACACGAGUGUAUACAGCCAAAUGUGAUGUCUAUUCUUAUGGAAUACUUCUUUGGGAGAUCUUCAAUAACGGUGAAACGCCUUAUAAGGGGAUUGAUAAUAAAACUGUCAGAGAAAAGAUAUCGGACCCUAAAUUUCGUCCACCAACUGAUGCUACUCUUCCCAUUGUUAUCUACAGAGUGAUGAAAACCUGUUGGAGAGCGAAUCCCGUCAAGAGACCAUCAAUGGCACAAGUUGCUCGCUAUCUUGUCAAUGCUCCUCCAGAACUAUUCCUGCCGAAAUCAGCCGAGUCUGCCAAUCGACCUGAAGGUUCCAUGAGUGCGGCUUCCGCCACUGCGAUUGCACCUUCUCGUCAAGCUCCCUCAACAGGACGACGUAGUAAAAGCUGCCCAUUGGGACAACAUCCGUCGCCAUCAUCUAUGAGGAAAGGGUCG